GUGAUUUGACAUAUGCACAGCGUAUUGUUUUCGUUAAUGGUUAGAUGUGUAUGUAAUUUACCCUGACGAAUAUAACUAAUUGUACUGACUCAGUUGUAGUUAUUACUUAUAAUAUUACUACACUUAAACUUCAAAAUUUAGAAUAUUUGAAUGAAAAGUAAUUCUGUGACGUCGUAAUGAAUGCACGAACUCAAGUGUUUGAGUUGGAAGUGGAAGAUCGUCAGGUCCAAGAGGUGGUCUUGAGUUUGUUUCAUACACUAUUGUUCCAUAGGUCAUUAGGCAAGUUUCAUUACAAGCAAGAAGGUAGUUAUUCUGUUGGGACAGUUGGCUUUGAGGAUGUUCAGUGUGACUUUGUGGACUUAACUUAUGUUCGUUGUGCAUCAGAGGAACUAGACAAAGCAAUAAUGAGAGAAAUUGGAGCAUUUUCUGAUUCCCUUCGUAGCACUGAAGGUUCUCGAACUGGUCAGAUAUCACUUGAAUUCUAUCAGAAAAAAAAGGCAAGAUGGCCAUUCCCACCAGAAAGUAUACCAUGGGAAGUAUGGACAGUGAAAGUGACCAUCAUCACUUUACCAAAUGAACAUGAACGGCAGAUUUAUCGGGAGAAAGUUGGAGAAAUGUUAGCAGAGAAAGUGAUGGCUAUAGCAGCUGCCAUGAACAAGCAUGACUACAUUCCAAAGAUGCCUAAUCAAUCAGAGCUGGACUUGAUCUUUGAUACAAGCUACCCAGAUGUUCAACCCUAUCUAUUCAAGAUUAGUUACCAGACAUGUGAUCCAGGAAAUGCUUCAGUAAGUAACACCAUGAGAAAGCUUUUGAAGGACACAUUGGCCUUUUGAAAGAUGCUGUAACAUAAAAAUUGGGCCCUAAAAUAUUGGUAAGAAAAGGAAGUGUUUCUUGGCAGUGUAUAAAGAGAUAUAACAACAUUAAAAAAAUAUGCUCAUUCCCAGAAUUUGUCAUCUUUUGUAAAGCAAAAAGUUAAUAACCCGGAAAAUUUUUUGUUAUAUUGGUUUUUAUUGAAAGCAAAAACACAGACCAAAUGUUGAAUACAGAAA